GUUGCCAAGAAUGGCAAGAGCCGCUCGUUAAUAAGUUAACGACGCCGAGCCAUGUGCCCUGCAGCGCUGCUGUCGGAUACACGUGGGCUUGGAUCGGGAAAAAAACAAAGAGAGCCGCUUGGCGAAAGCUUGUCGGAGAUUGGCAUUUAUCUGGCACGGGCCACAGUUGGCAAAUCAUCUGCGUACACGCCUGUACGUGGCCCGCUUCACAAAGGAGAUACUUUGUGAGAUUAAUUUGCGUUGCCGUGCAUGGCUCAUAUUAGUUAAAGCCAUGUGGGGUCAAUUUGAAAAUUCGAUGAUACCUCUCUCUGCUGCUCGCAAGAAUAUAUAGCAUGCAGUCCGCAUUUGGAAUUUCACUGCAAAAUGGAAGACUCAAAAGCGGUCGAGGUCCAAGUGGAGACCUUCGACGCGGGAUCUCAUGUGAUGGCGUACGAUAAAGAGGGCAGAUCCACCCGAUUCGCCAAAAAGAAGUCUCUUAGUGACAUCUUCACCAUUAUCUGUGCCGGUGCGGCCUUGUUGUCGGACGGGUACCAGAACAACUGUAUGAACAUGUUGAACUCUGUGUUUUCCCUCAAGUAUCCCGAGACGUACGACAGCACGAUGAAGACUCGGGUCUCCAACGCACUGCUCGUUGGAGCUGUGCUGGGACAGGUCGUGGUGGGCGUUACCGGAGACUACUUUGGCAGAAAAUGGGCCAUUCUCACCACCACCUUGAUGAUUGUGGUGGGAACCAUUUUGGCGACUGCCUCCCACGGCGUCACUACCGAGGGCAUGUUUUGGAUGAUGAUCGUUGCAAGAGGUAUUACCGGGUUUGGUGUUGGCGGAGAGUACCCUGCCAGUUCCACUGCUGCCUCCGAGUCUGCCAAUGAGGCUACCAAAAAAAGAGGAGGCGUCUUCGUUUUGGUGACCAACUUGCCGCUCUCACUCGGUGGUCCGUUUGCCUUGAUCGUGUUCCUGAUAGUCUACCCUGCCACCGGCAGCGGUGCCCACCUGUCCACCACCUGGAGAGUCAUGCUUGGAAUAGGCUGCAUCUGGCCGCUCGCAGUGUUUUACUUCAGGUUCAAGAUGGCCACGUCCGUGCUCUACAAGAAGGGAGCUAUCAAAAAGAACGUGCCCUAUUGGCUCACGUUUAAGUACUAUUGGCGCAGACUGCUGGGAACCUGCGGCUGCUGGUUUAUCUACGACUUUGUCACUUUUCCGAACGGUAUCUUCUCGUCCACCAUCAUCUCGUCGGUGCUGGACGACACGUCUGACCUGGAGAAGGUUGCGGAAUGGAAUCUGUUGCUCGCGAUUAUCAGCAUUCCUAUGCUGUUUGUCGGCGCAUUCCUCACGGACAGAAUUGGAAGGAAAUACACCAUGUGCAUUGGUUUUGGUGGCUACCUUGUCAUUGGUCUCAUUAUCGGCUGCUCGUACAAGAAAAUCACCAAGAUCGUGCCGCUCUUCAUCAUCUUCUACGGCAUUUUCAACGGUUUCGGAAACCUGGGUCCCGGAAACAUCCUGGGGCUAACUUCUGCCGAGUCGUACGCCACGCCUGUCCGUUCCACGUUGUACGGUCUCUCCGCUGCCUUGGGCAAAACUGGUGCUGCCGUUGGAACUCAAGCGUUCACCCCGAUCCAGAACAACCUCGGAAAGCAAUGGACGUUCAUCAUUGCUGCGCUCCUGGGCCUUACCGGUGUCAUUCUAGCCUUCCUGUGUAUUCCCCACGGUCUCGAGGAUGACCUCAUGCUGGAGGACAUCAGAUACUUCAGUUAUUUGAGACGCCAAGGCUGGACGGGCGACUUUGGCUCCGAGGGCGAGAUCGACAGCUACGAAAAAAAAGCGUCUGGCCUGGGUGACAAUGCGAUAAUCGAGAAAACAGAAACCUUGUCUGAAUCUAGCUAAUAUGUGAGUGGUGUCUAUUUAAUGCUGAACUUUUCAGAUGACGUUGA